AUUUUUGGGUAUCCGCUCGAUGUGGCGAGUGCGUCAGAUUUCCCCAUAUACAAGCAGCAUGCUACAAGUUUUUUUGUUUUCCUUAAUUACCUGUCCUGUUGACAAGCACAAGCCGUAGUCGGUUAGCUUGAUCAAAACACACGCUCUUUGCCAAUCAAAUAUGUUUAUACUCGACAAGCCCGUUGCUUCCGAAGCCGACACGUCCUUGGAACCGCAAGUGAUUGAUUUAAACACGCUCGAGUACCGUGACGUGUCUGCCCCAGCACCGACAACCAGGAAGACUCGGUUCUGGUUUUGGCCCUUUGGCGGCAACAGAAGCGCCAAAGAAUCGAUUGCUGUGUCGGGUCCCGAAACUGUCGCCACCAAGGAAAAGCAACUCAAGAAAAUCCGCGACUCAACCAACAAGGUGAUUGCUAUGAGAAAGGUGCAUGACGACGGCGUUGAGUUGGAAGAUGAUUUCAUUGAUAUUCAAGUUCGCCAGCUUUCGUAUGCCGAGGUUGCCGCCCUUCAACUGAGGAAGGAUAGAGAACCACCAUCAGACUCUUCUAGAAACGCGUCUUCAGGUGUUCCCCAUGUCGAUCCUGUUGUCGACCAAGACUCGGAGCUAGAGAAGUCAAUCACUGAUGUUGAGUUUGCAGACAGCUAUUCCAGGUCAAAGAAGUUCUCAAUUGACGAGUUCAGCCGCACGGAAUCCACUCUGGCAGAGGAGGAUACGAUCCUUGAGGAUUUCAACAAGAAACUUCCCAAAAGGUUUGCCAAAAAUGGCAAAUAUAUGAAGAAGAGAGACAACACAGCAGCAAGAUAGACAACCAGCGUGUAUUGUGUCCUCUGCUUUCACUUUCUGUAUUUCCAAUGGAUUCUAGUAGAUUAAUUAUGCGA